GUGGUGUCGAGUGCGCCAGACCGUGUGGCGACCAUUCAAGGGUUGAAGUACCAAAGAAGAAAAAGAAUCGCACAGCAAGAGAAGUCAAACAUAACUUUUAGAAAAUAACAAGAAGAUGUUUGCGGAUGAUGCGGCGGGGACGCACUUCGACUUCGAAGACACGCUCCCUCCAGAGCUCCCUCACACGGAGAAAAAGUUAGAAAUUUGCCAGGACUUCCAGCGCGGUCGCUGCCGACUAGGUGACGCCUGCCCGCAGCGCCACAUCAUCUCCUCCUACCGCACCGUCCAGACCAAAGUGUGCAAGCACUGGCUGCGCGGCGCCUGCGUGAACGGCGACAACUGUCUCUACCUGCACGAGUACGACUACCGCUACGUCCCGCAGUGCGCCUUCUUUGAGCGCGUUGGCGAGUGCACCAACCCGGAGUGCCCUUUUCUGCACUCGAAGCCGAACGAGACGCAGCCGGAGUGCGCCGCCUACCGCCGCGGGUUUUGCCCUCUCGGGCCGCGCUGCCGCCUGCGUCACGUGCAGCGCGAGACGGCCUGCCCGUACUACCUGGCUGGCUUCUGCCCCUUAGGCCCCCGCUGUCCCCUCGGGCACCCCAUACAGGAGCGCUACGACCGCGAUGCGGUGUCGAAGCGCAUUCUCGCCAAGAUGAUCGUCGAACGCGCCGACGACCCGACGUUUAAUCGGACGGCGACGUGCUACCGGGCUGGCUGCUUCGAUCCUGGUCACCUCGCCCCUGACUGUCCCGGGCCACAACACAGUGUGCUGCACCGGAUGCUAGGGGAGAUCCAAGAGCCGGGCCAGCCGAUUGGCGCGUUAGAUGAAGGCGUGCGUGGCGGCGGCGGCGGUAGCGGCGCGCGUAGGCGCUGCUUUCUGUGCAACCAAGAGGGCCACACGGUGCGAGACUGUCCCAUGAACACGCAGCAGCAGCAGCGCGGGCACGAUGCUCGCCGAGGUCGCGGCGGCGGCGGUGGAGGAGGUAUGGGAGGUGCGGGAGGUGCGGACGGUAUGCGCCGUCGUCCUCGCCGUGAUGGAGAAAUUGGUGGUGGUGGCGGUGGUGGCGGCGGCGGCCUUCAUGGUCGAUUCGCUGCCGGGGGAGACAGGGGUUACGGCGGUGGGGGCAAUCGUCGCCGAAUGACGCGCGAUCACUAA